AUGGAACCCGGCUGUGUGCAGGCAGCGAUGGCCAUGCAGGGAGAUGUCUCGAAAAAGGCGUCCGCCCGGAAUGUGGCGGUGGAGAGAAAAAACCUCAUCACUGUUUGCAGGUUUUCAGUAAAGACUCUAUUAGAGAAAUACACAGCCGAGCCUAUCGAUGACUCAUCGGAAGAGUUCAUCAAUUUUGCAGCCAUCCUUGAACACAUCCUUAGUCACCGCUUUAAAGGCUCCAGCAGCUGGUUUGAUGGCCAGAGGAGUUUCUGGGACUUCAUCCGUCUGGCCUGUGCUAAAGUUCCUAACAGCUGCAUCAGCAGCAUCGAGAGCAUGGAAAACAUCAGCACUUCACGAGCAAAGGGUCGAGCCUGGAUUAGAGUAGCCCUGAUGGAGAAGAGGCUGUCUGAAUACAUAGCUACUGCUCUGAGGGACAGUAGAACAACCAGGAGGCUCUAUGCAGAAGGAGCUGUCAUGUUAAGAGAAGAAGCCACAGUGCUAACAGGGAUGCUCAUAGGUGUCGGAGCCAUAGACUUCAGUUUCUGUCUGAAGGGAGAAGCCUUGGAUGGUAAAACACCUGCCGUGAUUGACUACACGCCAUAUUUGAAAUUCACACAAAGCUAUGAUUAUCUGAGUGAUGAUGACGAUCGACAGAGUGUUGACAGCAGCACAAGUGAUGACAGUGUCCCUGAACAUCCCUACAUCCCGCUGGUCACUGAUGAGGAGAGCUGGAGUACAAAGUGUCGCAAGAUGGAGCAGAGGUUCAAGAUUGUCAAUGCUCAGAAGGGUUACCUGGAGGAGCUUGUGCGUCUGCGUGAGUCCCAGCUGAAGAACACAGAGACGGAGAACAAGAGGCUAAAGGUCCGGCUGGAGGAGCUACAGAGUCAGAGCCAACAGGAAAAGAAGGAACUGGAGGCCAUAAUCCUGGAGCUUCAGGAACAACUGACAAGCUUGAUUCCAUGUGACUCCAACCACUUGGCCAAAAACCUUUCAAUCCCCCUCGUCAACCAGUGGCCGGCGCUCCAGCCAUACAACAACGAGGAUGUCAAGCUGUUCCGCAGGAGAAGUUUCCCAAGCACUGAGCUGCUGUCAGUGGAGAUCAGCCUGGAUUCAGACUCCCAGAGGACUGAGAAACAGAAUGGAGGAGCCUGGUGCACAGGUGACAUUUUAGAAAGAAAGGACUACACCCCCUCCAUGAUGGGCCUGUGUGGGUCCUUGGCCUCCAUUCCAAGCUGCAAGUCUCUGGCAAGCCUCAAGUCCAGCGAGUGCCUGGUCAACAUCAGCACAGAGAACAGUCCUGCCCUCUCUCCCAGCUAG